AUGGAGGAAGAGUUGAAAUGUCCGGUAUGUGGCUCUUUCUACAAGGAGCCCAUCCUGCUGCCCUGCUCCCACAACGUGUGCCUGGCGUGCGCGUGGAACAUCACCGUGCAGACCCCUGAAGGCGAGACCCCGGUGCAGAGAGCCUCGGGCAGCUCGGACUAUGACUACCUGGAGAUGGACAAGAUGAGUCUGUACAGCGAGACUGAUAGCGGCUACGGCUCCUACACUCCGUGCCAGCUCAAGUCCCCAAACGGAGUGAGGGUUUUCCCGCCGAACAUCCCUCGACACUGCUCCCUGACCUGUCCGCUGUGCCACCGGAGCGUGAGCCUGGACGAGCGGGGACUGAGGGGCUUCGCCAGGAACCGGCUGCUGGAGGCGAUCGUCUCGAAGUACCAGCAGACCCGAGGCAUCGCCGGGUCCGCCUCCUCCUCGGCUGUCAAGUGCCAGCUGUGCGACCGCAACCCAUUGGACGCGACGGUGAUGUGCGAGCAGUGCGACGUGUUCUACUGUAACGCGUGCCAACAGCGGUGCCACCCCUCCCGCGGACCUCUGGCAAAACACCGCCUCGUCCCGCCGCCGAAAAGAGCCGAGAACGUCCGAGGACCGGCGGCGGAAAACGCGGGCGGCAGCAGCGGCAGCGGAGGAGGAGCGGCGGGGAGCAGUGGCGCACCGAUGCCGCCCGUCACAGCCAGGAAACCGGCCACCUGCGCGGACCACGAAGCGCAAAACUUCAGCGCCUACUGCUGCACCUGCAAGAGCCCAACCUGCACCAAGUGUUUGGAGGAGGGGAAGCACAAUCAACACGACGUGAAGCCGCUGGCCGUGAUGUGGAAACAACAUAAGUGCCAGCUCUCCCAGGCUCUGAACGGUGUUUCAGACAAGGCCAAAGAUGCUAAGGAGUUCCUCGUCCAACUCAAGAACCUGCUCCAACAAAUACAGGAGAGUGGGGUGGAGUUUGAAGCCUGCGUGGUCGCCCAAUGUGAUUCUUUGAUCGAGGCGCUGACGAGACAAAAGGCCAAACUGCUCACCAAAGUCACCAAGGAGAAAGAAUACAAACAAAAGGUGGUUAGAGACCAGAUCACUCACUGCACCAUGAAGCUGCGACAGACCACUGGGAUGAUGGAGUACUGCCUGGAGGUCCUGAAAGAGAAUGACCCCAGUGGAUUCCUACAGAUCUCCGAUGCGUUGAUCAAGCGCGUGUCUUCGUCCCAGGACCAGUGGGUUAAAGGGGCCCUGGAGCCUAAAGUGGCCCCAGAGUUUGACCUCAGCCUCAACACAGACGCCCUGCUCCAGACCAUUUUGCAGCUGGACUUCUGCCAGGGCAAAGGGCCCUCGGUACCGGCGGCCCCUCUGCUGCAGCUGGAGAAGUGUUGCACCAGGAACAACAGCGCCACUCUGGCCUGGAGAGUCACUGUGCCCACUGGGAAUCCUAUCGAAGGUUACAUCCUGGAGCUGGAUGAUGGAAGUGGAGGACAAUACAGGGAGGUGUAUGUGGGGAAGGAGACCGUGUGCACAGUAGAUGGACUGCACUUUAACAGCUCUUACAAUGCUAGAGUAAAAGCCUACAACGCCAUCGGAGUGGGGCCCUACAGCAAGACCGUGGUGCUCAAGACCUCCGAUGUGGCCUGGUUCACCUUUGACCCCACCUCUGCUCACCGCGACAUCGUUCUCACCAAUGAAAACCAGACUGUGACCUGCAGCAGCUACGACGAUCGCGUGGUUCUGGGGACCGCUGCUUUCUCCAAGGGCGUACACUACUGGGAGGUGACCAUCGAUCGCUAUGACAACCACCCCGACCCUGCGUUUGGGGUUGCGAGGAUCAACACAAUGAAAGACAUGAUGUUAGGAAAAGACGACAAGGCCUGGGCCAUGUACGUGGACAACAACCGCUCCUGGUUCAUGCACAACAACUCACACACCAACAGGGCGGAGGGGGGCAUCAGUAAGGGUGCUACAGUCGGGGUGCUGUUGGAUCUGGUCAAACGUACACUGACCUUCUAUAUCAACAAAGAACAGCACGGACCAACUGCCUUUGAAAACCUGGACGGGGUCUUCGUGCCCGCUGUCAGCCUCAACAGAAACGUACAGGUGACCUUACUGACGGGGCUCGAGCUGCCAAAGAAUUUUAAACAGUAAAAUCCUCUUAGGAAUACAAACUACACAGAUGUCCCGUAUAGCCACAGUCCCCCACUACACGGUGCCGUCCCAUCCUGUCCUGUCCUGUACCGGGAUUCUCUCUUGUUUCACAUCCUCCAAAACGACUCAAGGUGCCCUCUACUGUGCAUACUCAACACCUCUGCAGCUGGAGAAACGGUUGAAUUACACACUGCAUGGACCUUUAUCAUUGUACGACCCAAACAGGAUUCGAAAGGGAAUAACUCCAUUGACAAAAAAUAUGUUUGGAGUUGUGUUGUAUUUGGACUUUGCAGAUAAUCACUGGGGUUUAAACUGAUACUUUGCAGCCAAUGUCUUCAACAUUCCCUGGAUGUGUGAAGCUAAGUGAAAGCACUGCUCUGUCUGAAGCUCUGUUACUCAAGUUAGACUUAAUUUGAGCUUUAUUUUAAUACAAUCUGACCAGAAAGAGCAGACUUGGUUGGAACUACAACGGGCAAGUCCAUCACACAGAAAAUUACAGUCACAAGUUUGCAAGUCACUCUCACCUUUUGUUGAAAAUCAAACAAUGAAAGUGUUGUUUAAAUCAAUUUUGUAUUUUUUCUUGGCAGUUUUUGCUAAUGUGUGGAUUGUGUCACCAUGGUAACUGUUGAACAUUUGGCCAAUAGAGAUACAUUUAGACCACCCCAGCAUGAUGUCACUGCAAAGUAUCAAUACUACAAAAUCAAUCUUGCCAUGAUACAAAGUGCUCUGAACUGUCAAUCUUAAAUCUAAUCCUAGUUCAGGGAUAAAUCCUCUGAAGUUUACAGAAUAUCUUGCAGUACUGGCUCUGCAAUGUUAUUUUAGUAAUUUGUUUGUAUUAUUAAAAGGAAAUUUCCACAAAACAAUUUAAAGAACAACUAAAAACAAUUUAUAACAUUUUUACAUGCUAGCUUCACACUGUAAUGGCUAGUCUUUGCAUAGCACUACUAACAAUCAUGACUGCAAAGAUACCAAGAAGAAUCUCCAGUAAGGGAUGCCUAAAGCCUUUAAAAAUGUAUAAUCUCAAAGGUGCUUGAAGAGAAUAGAAAUCUAACAUUGUUUCCCUUGUACACCUGUUUACAACUGAGAAGAGCAAAAACCAAUAGACAUCCUCGUAGAAGUUGUAGCAGCGCUCGAGUCGAUUCACUCAUCAAAUAUUUAAGAGCAAACUCCAACACCACUGCUUUGUUUGUUCCCCUUUUCAGUGUGUGUUUGAUCCUAAGUGAAGUGACAGGCAGCCAAUGUUUAAGACCUAAAAUGUUUACAUAACUAUUGCACACAGCAUGUGAGGGUAAGGCUGUGCAGUGUCAAAUACAUACAGGAUUAAGAUGUUAAUUAUGCUUGAAUUGUGUUACACUGUGGGGGCAUGCAUACAAACCUGAUGCUCUUAAACCAGGACACACAGGUCUUGAGGCUACUCUUGUGUGAAACAAUAGAAAUUUAUGGUCUCAGUUAUGUCUUUAAAUUAUUAUUACAUAGUGAAUUGCUAAAUUAAAGGUGCGCUCUGUUUUCUAGUAGUGCAGGUGGUGCUACCAACACAACAAAGUGACAUAAUACAACUUUAAACAAUGAAUUGCAAAUGUCUUAGUUAAAAAUUGCCUAAGCCAUUUUACAGUUGUUGAAGAAUGACUUUAUUGAUGACUUGUUCCGACAAUUUUUUUAGAAGUCUGACAGCAGCAUAUAAAGGAAAUAUUAAAAAAGUGAAAAGUUGUGAUUGGAUGAUAAUGAGGAGCCAGACUCUUAUGUAUAAAGUAGAGAAGUCAGUUGUCUGUCUCACAGUGACUAUUUAAUGCCCUCAUUUAUCAGUCUCUAUGAAGACGCCUGGCAUCUUCUGUACAGAACAAGAUCACUUCAGGUAAAGCUACGGUGGCCUAGAAAGGACCUAAGCUGCAACACCUACCAAAACACUGUGACCGAGACAAUAUUUAUUAUGUACAUACAGAUCAAAAUGUGUCUAAAAGUGCAAAGGCAUUAGAUGUGAGACUUACCAUGUCAGUGCUAAUUGCUGGAUUAAUAAUGUGUGGUCUCAAGCAUGGGUUGAGCAUCAAACAUGUUUACAAAAGAUCAAAAUUGAACUGUAAAUAAUGUAUUAUAAUUUAGUUGUGGCAGCACUCCCCCUAUGGUUUGAAGACAAAACUACAGAAUCAACAAAUUCAUUCCUCUUUAUACAAUAUCUGAUAAGAAAUCUCUCAUAAUGAUGUUUUAUCAGGGAAAGAAUCAAUAGUUUACAGAGUAAAAGCUAUUCAUAAUAAUUUUCCAUUUGAAAUAUGUUAAUAUCAAAGAUGCAGAUCUUUUCUUGAGGUUAUUGUCAGUUGAUAGCUACUUCAUAAUGAUUUAUUUAUAUAUGUUAUUUAUCAAAAUAUUAUAUUUAUUAUCAAUAUUAAUGUAGCACUAGAUAGAAUUAUAUACUGUAUGUAUUAAUUUUGUAUUAUAUUUCAGACCUUUUAGUAAAGGUUUUAUCAGAAAUUUUAAUUAGAUCCUGGCAUUUCACAUAAAAUGGGAUUUAUUUUUAUUUGUCCAAAGCCAUUACCAAGAAUGUUUUAUCCAUCUGUGCUGAUAUAGUGACUAUAAAACAGGGACCUAGAAGAAAUUAUUAACUGUAUUAAGUAAACGCAUUCCUAAAACCAUACAGAUCAGGUACGUUAUGACCACAAUAGGCAGAUGUUUAUCAUUUAUUCUCAAUAAUUAUAACAUUUCCUUUAUACUGAAGGUGCAUGAUUAAAGCAUAAAGUAGGAGCAUUAAUGUGGUUUUCCUUCUCCCUGGAUGCAGCCUUACAGUGAAAUAUAAAACCAGAUCUCCCCUGACCUCUCCCUAUCUGACCACCAAGGAGAUUUUUACACUCCCUGGGUCGAUAGAUACCACCAAAGGGCUAAUUCUCGCCGCACUGUACUUUUCUGACCCUCCCCACAUCAACAGACAAUCCAGCCAUUGGGUCAACCAUGAUUUUAGAUCCUGGUCCAUAGGUAUAGUGAGACAUCUUGGUUUGACAGCAGGUUGUCAUUUAAGAAUUGCUUGCCUCUGUGGGUCAGUUUUGAUUUAGUGUUGGAGAAACUUAUGUCAGGUUUAUUGGGGAAUUUAUGUUAAAUACGGCAUUAAUAUACAAACUAUCAAAAUACAUCCGCCAUCAUAUCCUUAAGGUGAUAAGUCUCUCCUCUUUUCAUGUGGUCUUAUGAGUACUUGGCAUGUCCCAGAACAAAAAACACCAGUUUCUCCAUGUUAUCUUUCUUGUUUCCUGCUAAAAAUAAGACAUAAGAUGGUAUCUUAAAAAAACAUCUUGAAAUCCAAUAGUAACAUUUUACUUUCUUGGACCAUCUACCUCUGAGUGUGCAGUUGUUUGGGCAUUUCAUUUAACACAUUUCUUUCAAAAGAAUAUCCCAUCAUAUGAUCGGACCCUGAAGGUGCACACGUAUGACAUCAUAAUUACACAGCUAAUUCAUUUCAUGCAGGA